GUGUUAUUUAUUUCUAGAUUUUUAAUUAUCAAUAUUCUAAUUAAAAUUGAAAAUAAAAAAUCACCCCCAUUGAUCCUUUAUCUAUAAAUCGUCUUAAUUAUAAUUAUUGCACUCGAUUAAUUAUAAUCGAAGGAUCAACGAAUAGAGGGAUUAAGAAAAAAAAUUCCUAAGUUUACAUAAUACGGUUAGAAAUGGAAACGGAAGCGGAGAAAAACGAAAGAAGAGGUGCAGAGGUAUGAUGUAGCGAAAAUGAAACUUCGAAAGGAUAGAAACGCGAACACAACCGGUAGAAACUAAAGCCAUUUGACAGGCCAAGUCCACGUGGACUCUUACGUUCACCAAGUAUAAAUCGAGUACGUUCACCAGGCCAACGAAUGCACUUGCACUUUUUAAGAGAACCUGUUUCCGCUGCAACGCGAACUUACAUUGAAAGAACCACACCCACCGGGGCUAACCAGAGACCAUAGAUCUCUUUGGAAAGGAGGACUUUUCCGUUACUUUGCUAGGGUGAACAGUAAGAAUGUUAGCAGCAGCAAAUUACUACAAGACGACUGUACUUUUUGUACUUAUACAACGAUCAUUCUCAGCUAUGGUUCUUCCCAGGCCACCUUCUUCACCGAAUCAUAUUCAACACAUUGAUCGAAGAAUGAACGAUCGAAAUCUGUACGAAGGAAAGCCUGUACAGGAUUUUUCCCAAAAUCCCAAUAUCGAAAGGACAAAUACCAACGAUUACAGUCUUGUAGAAAUCGAGCUUCAAAGCCCGGACGAAAUGGACACGACGAAUCUUCAAAACAUAGUACACGCAAUGUUGAAACAAUCUGAGAAAGUUCAUAACAAUAGCUAUCCAAAUCCAGAAGUGAUACCGCAUUCCAUUUUUGGUGUCAGAGACGUUGGUUUAACUUCGACCUUCAAGCUAAAUACGUUCAAUGAGGACAGACGUGUCUUGAUAGAGUCACCAAAGAUACCGACUUACGACGAGAAGUUGUAUUAUUUAAAAAACAACAGACCAAAAGUUUACGUGAACGUGAGAGGCCAUAGCGGUACGUUUAGAAAGGAUCCGGCUUUAGAAACGACCUCUACUAACGACGCUAUAGGAUUCCUUCGAGUUACACCGCCGUUUCAAAGACAAACGAACUCCAAGUCUCGGUACGUUAAAAAGAAUCGUUCACCAAAGAAAUACGACAGGAAUCAUGGACAUCAAAGGAAUCGUUCGUGGACAGAUGCUAAAAGGUUAAACAGAUUAGCAUCGAUUUACAAUUUCGAAGCUCCCGCUACUACCGAAGGUUCUAUGGUGACUUCCAGUGAAUUACCAAAGCAAAUACCUGCACCCCCAUCAAAAUUUCAUAGCAGGACGCUUAUGGCGCAAACUACACCCGUUCAAAAUUAUGCUUUGAGAAGAACAGAUGUAUUACCAGGCUACAGCUUCUCCUGAUGAACGAUAAUCUAUACAAUUGAUGAACAUUGUCGCUGUGCAAGGAAUUCCUGAAGUAUCGUUAUUAAGCAAGUGAUAGUAAAUAAAUUGUAUAUAAUGAGGCUCAAGAAGACAGACGAUUGUAACACAUAAAUAUGACGUUUAAUAAAUUAUUAUUUAACGC